AUGACCUUCCCUUCUUCCAGGGCUAAACCUAUUCCAGCUGCAGCCAUGACCUUCCCAGUCGAAGCCGUGCCUGCCGUGGCCCCAGUUGAAGCCACACCUAUCACAGCCCCGGCCCCUGCUCCCGGAGUCCAGGCUCCCGAGGCCCUCGUCGGAGUUGAGCCUAUCAUCAUCUCGACGCUGUCUCUAGAGGAACAAACCCCCGAGGUUCCACCCUCAGUCCUUGCAGGUCCCCCUGGGGUAGGGAGAGAGGUGGUCGAGGAGACUCCUGAUGCUGAAGUCCCCGCACAAUCCGUAGCCUACCGCGCUGCUGCUAAGGUUGAGCUCUUAACCGGCCGAACCGACACCCUAAUCGGAUAUAUUGCCACGCCCGAGGCAGCUACUCAAGCUUCUGUGGCCAGUGGGGUCAGAGGAGCUUCCGAGCCCACUCCAGAGACUCUGCCUCCUGGUUACCACAUGACUUUGCUGAACCCUUGGGCGGUCAAGCAUGUACCAGAGUCGAAGAUAGCCGACACGCUCUCUUGA